AUGCCCGCCAGCCUGUCCUUGACGGAGAGUGUGGCGAUCGGAGCUCAGCUGGGAAUCGAGGAAUGUCGGCAUCAAUUCAAAUGGGAAAGGUGGAACUGUCCCAAGUCAGCUUUCCUUCGAAGCGGGGAGCUACGACCGGCGACACGAGAGACGGCAUUCGUUCACGCCAUCACGUCGGCUGGCAUCUCGUACACCCUUACGAAGAAUUGCAGUUUGGGAGAGAUCGAGGCUUGCACGUGCGACCCCAGCCCCGGUCUCCAUUCCCGAUCCAGGUCGAGGUCGGACCGUUCAUCCUGGAAGUGGGGUGGGUGCAGCGACAACGUCAGAUUCGGGGAAGGAGUGGCGAGACAGUUCCUCGAUGCCCUCGAAGACGGUCACGAUGCGCAAGCUCUCUCCAAUCUUCACAACAACCACGCAGGCCGAGUGGCGGUGAGAAGAACGAUGCAGCGGCAAUGUAAGUGUCACGGGGUGUCCGGGAGUUGCGCGACGAAGACGUGCUGGAUGGGUCUCGCCCCCUUCCGCAGCGUGGGAGACUUCCUCAAGAAACAAUAUCGCAAGGCCGUCCGCAUGGAUUCCCUCAACGGCAACGAAGCCGAGAAGAAUGCCAUCCAUGUGAGACGGGCGGCCGGACCCAGACGGGGCAAGGGCAAGCGUCAAGGUCAAGGUCAAGGACGAGGCAUCUCGAAACGAACUCUCGUUUACUUGGAACCCUCGCCAGAUUACUGCUCUCAUAACGUCACUGCCGAGACGAAGGGGACCCUGGGUCGGGAAUGUUCCCGGGAGCGAGGGCCGGGUGUAUCGCCGUCCGAGAGGAGAAGCUGUCGCAAUCUCUGUCGCGACUGUGGCCUUCGAGUCGCUUCCUACACCGUCAACCAAGAGUCUUCCUGCAAUUGCAAGUUCCAUUGGUGCUGCCACGUCACGUGUGAUACGUGCAAGGAGCGGCUCAAGCGAUACAUCUGCGUCUCCAGGUGA